CGUAAUUCAGGUUUAUGACCCUGCGGGUUCCGAGAGGCAAGCUCAGUCGGGCCGUGCUGCUUGCUUUUCUCCUUACGAAUCCGCCCCUUCUCGGAUAGAAGACAGCCUCGGGUCCCGAUGGUGGGGCUUUGAAGAGUCCACGUGUGGGGACCCAGGGGUACUUGGACAGGAACCUGGUCCCAGAAGAGGUGGACUAACCAUAAAAAUGAGUCCUACGGAUGCACUUGAUGAUGAAAAUACAUUUAAAAUCUUAGUUGCAACAGAUAUUCAUCUCGGAUUUAUGGAGAAAGAUGCAGUCAGAGGAAAUGAUACGUUUGUUACACUUGAUGAAAUUUUAAGACUUGCUCAGGAAAAUGAAGUGGAUUUUAUUUUGUUAGGUGGUGAUCUUUUUCAUGAAAAUAAGCCCUCAAGAAAAACAUUACAUACCUGCCUUGAGUUAUUAAGAAAAUAUUGUAUGGGUGAUCGUCCUGUACAGUUUGAAAUUAUCAGCGAUCAGUCAGUCAACUUUGGUUUUAGUAAGUUUCCAUGGGUGAACUACCAAGAUGGUAAUCUCAACAUUUCACUUCCAGUGUUUAGUAUUCAUGGCAAUCAUGAUGAUCCCACGGGGGCAGAUGCACUCUGUGCCCUGGAUAUUUUAAGUUGUGCCGGACUUGUAAAUCAUUUUGGACGUUCAAUGUCUGUGGAGAAGAUAGACAUUAGUCCAGUUUUGCUUCAAAAAGGAAGCACAAAAAUUGCUUUAUAUGGUUUAGGAUCCAUUCCAGAUGAAAGGCUCUAUCGAAUGUUUGUCAAUAAAAAAGUAACAAUGUUGAGACCAAAAGAAGAUGAGAACUCUUGGUUUAACUUAUUUGUGAUUCAUCAGAACAGGAGUAAACAUGGAAGUACUAACUUCAUUCCUGAACAAUUUUUGGAUGACUUCAUUGACCUUGUUAUCUGGGGCCAUGAACAUGAGUGUAAAAUAGCGCCAACCAAAAAUGAACAACAACUCUUUUAUAUAUCACAGCCUGGAAGUUCAGUGGUUACUUCUCUUUCACCAGGAGAAGCUAUAAAGAAACAUGUUGGUUUGCUGCGUAUUAAAGGGAGGAAGAUGAAUAUGCAGAAAAUUCCUCUUCACACAGUGCGGCAGUUUUUUAUGGAGGAUGUUGUUCUGGCUAAUCAUCCAGAUGUUUUUAACCCAGAUAAUCCUAAAGUAACCCAAGCCAUACAAAGCUUCUGUUUGGAGAAGAUUGAAGAAAUGCUUGAAAAUGCUGAACGGGAACGUCUGGGAAAUUCUCGACAGCCAGAGAAGCCUCUUAUACGACUGCGAGUGGACUAUAGUGGAGGUUUUGAACCUUUCAGUGUUCUUCGCUUUAGCCAGAAAUUUGUGGAUCGGGUAGCUAAUCCAAAAGAUGUUAUCCACUUUUUCAGGCAUAAAGAACAAAAGGAAAAAACAGGCGAGGAGAUCAACUUUGGGAAGCUUAUUACCAAACCUUCUUCAGAAGGAACAACUCUAAGGGUAGAAGACCUUGUAAAACAGUAUUUUCAAACCACAGAGAAGAAUGUGCAGCUCUCACUGCUAACAGAAAGAGGGAUGGGUGAAGCAGUACAAGAAUUCGUGGAUAAGGAAGAGAAAGAUGCCAUUGAGGAAUUAGUGAAAUACCAGUUGGAAAAAACACAGCGAUUUCUUAAAGAACGUCAUAUUGAUGCCCUAGAAGAUAAAAUUGAUGAAGAGGUACGUCGUUUCAGAGAAAGCAGACAAAAAAAUACUAAUGAAGAAGAUGAUGAAGUUCGAGAGGCGAUAAAUAGGGCCAGAGCUCUCAGAUCUCAGGCAGAGGACUCUGCUUCUGCCUUUACUGUUGAUGACCUUCUGAGUAUAGACUUAGCAGAACAGAUGGCGAAUGACUCUGAUGAUAGUGUCUCAGCAGUAGCCAACAAAGGAAGAGGCCGAGCAAGAGGUCGAAGAGGAGGAAGAGGGCAGAAUUCAGCAUCGAGAGGAGGCUCUCAAAGAGGAAGAGGCACUGGUCUGGAAACUUCUACUCAUAGCAGGAGCUCAAAGGCCACUGUGUCAACAUCUAGAAAUAUGUGUAUUAUAGAUGCCUUUAAAUCUGCAAGACAGCAGCCCUCCCGAAAUGUUGCUACUAAGAAUUAUUCAGAGGUGAUUGAGGUGGAUGAAUCAGAUGUGGAAGAAGACAUUUUUCCUACCACUUCAAAGACAGAUCAAAGAUGGUCAAGCACAUCAUCCAGCAAACGCAUGUCCCAGAGCCAAAUAGCUAAAGGAGUCGAUUUUGAGUCAGAUGAGGACGACGAUGAUGACCCUUUUAUGAACAUGAGUUCUUUAAGAAGAAGCAAAAGAUAAUGUAUUUAAUGACACCUGGAAAUUUUCAAGAUUCAGGAAAAAUCAAAGCAUUGCAAGAUGAGAGUUUAUAGUUAAAGACUUUUUAAGUAUUGCUGUUAACUAAAGAAUUUGAGAAAGAUCUAAAUAACAGAAAAACUGUUGAAGAAAUAGUAUUUUUGAAUAUCAUUUCCUGAAUAUGACUCCAUUGCUUAAGAAGUUUCCCAGCUCAAAGACAGACAUAAUAGUAUUGGUUCUCCUUAUUUUCUAAUCUGGUUGUUACCAUUACAUGGGAUGCUCUGUAACAUUUAGAGUGUUUAUUUUCCUGAGAUAUAUUAGUUUGUAUGUUAAUGAGUAGUAAGAGCUUUGCUUAAAUAUCAUUUUUGAGUAAGGAUUAAAAUAAAUCCACCAUUAUACAUUUCUGCUUCAUGGUCAAAGACUAUUUUAGUAUUUUAUUGUUACAGUUAGCCAGAGUUGAGUGAAGGAGCUUAUAAAAUUUAACCUCUUUAUAAUUUUAAUAAUUUCUAGAGGUUCUGAAUUUUCUGAAGAUAAAGCAAUCUAUGUGAAACUGUGCCUAAGCUUACUGUUUAUUACUAAGUAUGUGGGUUUUUUCCUAAAUGUUUGUUAUAGUAUCAGCCACUAAGACUUUGAAUGAUAAGAU